GGCCCCGCCCACGCCGGCCCCGCCCCGCCCCCUGGCGCAGGGCGCCGACGCAGGGCGGCGUUGAUUUGAAUUUGGAGCCUCGUUCGCUAGCGCGGAACUCAGGGCGAGGAGUUAGCGUUCGAAUUCGCUCCACGGCCUCGACGCCAUUGGCCGGUUCGCGGACGGCGGUGAGACGCCAUUGGCCGGCCGCCUCGCCCCGCCCCGCGCCCUGGUUGGCCGGAGACGGCGCGGAGGGAGUUAAAGAGUCGGCGCCUGUGGUGGGCUCUGCAGGACAUGCUCGAACCCCCUCGUCCCCCGCGGGUGUAGGCAAGUCCUGCGUGGCCCCGGCCCUGGACCCCUCCGCCGAGCUGGGCACCCCUCUGCUUCCCCGGCGCCCUGCUUUGCCUGCGCGCUCGCCCCGACGCGAAGAAGGGGAGCAGGGAGACGGGGCACCUGGAAACUGAAUGGUGGCUGGAAGUGACGUCUCUGCUCUUCGCGAGGGAGCCGGCUCGACUUCGAUCUUCCAAAAUUUGCUUCCUGGGCUAUGGGAGAUGUGAGAGAAUUAAAAAUGCAAAUAACACCGGAAACUCCAGGAAAGAUCCCCGUUUUAAAUCCCUUUGAAAGUCCUAGUGAUUAUUCAAAUCUCCAUAAACAAACCCUUGCCAGUCCUUCUGUCUUUAAAUCCACAAAACUACCAACUCCAGGGGAAUUUAGGUGGUCUAUCGAUCAGCUGGCUAUAAUGAAUCCUGUAGAAAUAGACCCAGAGGAGAUUCAUCGUCAGACCUCCUAUUUAAGUCAUUCUCGAACAGAUAAAGAUGUGGAAGACAAAAGACAAAAGGCCAUUGAAGAGUUUUUCACUAAAGAUGUCAUCGUACCCUCUCCCUGGACUGAGCAUGAUGGGAAGCAGCCUCUAGAGCUUCAUCCCAGUAAAUGCCUUAAUAGCAACAGUGACUCUCCGAAACUGCUGCUUCCCUCUGAGAAAUGCAAUGCUGCUUGUCAAACUCUGCUGUCUCUUCCUGUGGAUUUUAAUUUGGAAGCCGUGUUGGGAGACUAUUUUAGAACUGAUGAUGCUUCGGACCAAUCUCCUGGGAACCUCAGUUCCUCAUCUCUAAGAAGGAAGCUCUUUUUGGAUGUGAAUGGGAGUAUCUCUGACUCCUUGCCUUCAGCUUCUCCCGGAAGCCCUCCUAGCAGUGCUGGAGACUCUCUUGAGGGACAGUUUUCUUCAAGCCCCAUUCAAAACAGUGCAAGAAAAUACAGUUUGGGGAGCAUAACUAGCCCUCCGGCUAUUUCCUUACCCACUUUCUCACCAAUUGCACUUCAAGUAGGAAAGACACCACUGUCAGAACAGAGGAAGUUUACAUUUCAUUCUCCUGAAGCUUCAUAUGGAGCAAAUUCUAUGGGGAUCACUAAUCCAAGCAUCAGGAGUCCAUACAUAGAUGGCUGCUCACCAAUUAGAAACUGGUCUCCGGGGAGACUGAGAGGUGGUCCUCAGUACUUGUCCUCACUGAUUCGGAUCCCUUUUACUCUUGAGACCCAAGAUGAAGAUGAAGAAGACAACAUUCCCUCCACAGAUGUCUCUCUACCAGGCACAAAUGCAGCAGUAGCCCUUCAGCAGCUGGACUGUGAGACUUCGGCAUGUGCCAAGCCUGUAGUCACUGCCAUGUCUGUUACACAGAGUCAGUCUAGUGCCUCGGAGAAAGAGCUAGCGCUGCUGGAGGAUGCUGAAAGCAAGAGGGAAAAUGACACCGUGGAUAUGUUCGAUCCUAUAGACACAGUGGAUGAAAGCACCUGGAUAAAGGAGCCAGUGCAUAUUGGCAAUUCACCCAUGGCUGAUUUUGUGAAUGGGAUUGCCUUCAGCAUCGAAAACUCUCAUAUGUGCAUGUCGCCUCUUGCAGAAAGCAGUAUUCUGCCCUGUGAAAGCAGUACUAUCCAGAUGGACAGUGGCUACAACACACAGACGUGUGGAAGCAAUAUCACUGAUAUUGCUGGGACAGAAAGCUACUGCAAAGAAAAUGUCACACAGUCCUUUGAAGUGGAAAUGAAAGCUCAAGUUUGUAAUAUAAAGCACGACCACACAGUGCAGAGGUGCUGGGUGAAAACUGCAAAGGCAUCUCAGUGCAGCAGCCCAUAGUCUCAAGACUGAAGACCAGCAUAGCACUCAGUAGCCCCUGGGGUUUACACACGAUCUACCACGAUGGUGCCUAGCUCCCUCUGUAAUGUGAAGUCAGUCCGCAAAGGAAAUCACUGACAGGAACAGAAGCUCCACGUUAUUAAAUUACAACCUUAUUUUUUUAACCAA